AUGGCGCCGCACGGCGACAGGAAGAAGGGGAAGGGCGCGGACCGCCCGGGCAAGCCGGGGCUGGGCCCCAACCGCAAGGAGUUCAAAAACCACCGCAAGGAGGAGGGGGAGAAGGCGGGCGGCGCAGAGGAGCAGGAGCAGGAGCAGGGGCAGCAGCCGGCGCCGCACCCCGCGGCUCUGUUCAACGCCGCCGACGACGGCGAUUUCCCCAGAGGAGGGCGCAGCCUCCUGAGCAGGGACGAGAUGGCCGAGGCGCGCACGGAGGCCGAGGUGGAGUUCGAGAAGGAGGAGAGGAGGGGGAAGAAGAAGAGGAAAGCCAACACCUCGUCGGGAAUCGACGGCGAUGAUGACCUGGGGACCCUCUUCGGCGGGGCUACCACUGGGAAGCUCCCACGCUUCGCCAAUCGCAUCACCUUGAAGAAUAUUUCACCAAGCAUGAAGCUUUGGGGUGUUGUAAUCGAAGUUAACCAAAAAGACAUUAUAGUGAGUCUACCUGGCGGAAUGAGAGGGUUUGUUCGCACAGAGGAAGUUUCGGACAUUGCUUUGCAUGGAAAUAGCAAGGAUAGUGAGGGCAGUGUAUGUGCUGAAGUUGUUCAUGUUGGUCAGCUUGUACCUUGCAUGGUUCUGCAAGUUGAUGAUGAUAAGAAAGAAGGAAAAGCACACAAACGGGUUUGGUUAUCAUUGCGGUUGAGCCGGAUGUACAAGGGUCUUUCUCUGGAUGCUAUCCAGGACGGAAUGGUGCUCACUGCUCAAGUGAAAAGCGUCGAGGACCAUGGUUACAUUCUUUAUUUCGGAGUAUCCGCAUUUAGUGGAUUUAUGCCAAAAGCUGGCAAAGAAACUGUGAAGAUUGAGAGCGGACAACUCAUACAAUGUGUCGUGAAGGGGAUUGAUAAAACUCGCUCUAUUAUUCACUUGAGUUCUGAUGAAGACUUGAUCUCUAAAUCCAUUAUUAAAGAUCUGAAAGGCCUUUCCAUUGAUCAUCUAAUUCCUGGCAUGAUGAUGAGUGCACGUGUUCAUUCAGUCCUUGAAAAUGGAGUUAUGCUAUCAUUUCUUACUUACUUCACUGGAACGGCUGAUAUUUUUAAUUUGUUGAGCUCCUUCCCUUCUGGUAAUUGGAAAGAUGAUUACAGCAAGAAUAAGAAGGUAAAUGCCCGCAUCUUGUUUGUUGAUCCGUCAACAAGAGCAGUUGGGCUUACAUUGAACCAACACUUACUUCGUCUUAAUGUACCCCCUAUUAAUGUUAAAGUUGGAGAAAUAUAUGACAAAUCACGGGUGCUGAGGGUGGAUAAAAAGGCUGGUCUUUUUCUUGAAAUACCUUCUCCAACUCCAUCACCUGGAUUUGUUAGUAUACAUGAUGUAUCAGACAAGGAUGUGAAGAAUGUGGAGAAGAAGUUUAGGGAAGGCAGCUUGACACGUGUCCGUGUACUUGGAGUGCGACAUCUUGAAGGAGUUGCACUAGGCACCCUAAAAGACAGUGCUUUUGAAGGUUCUGUUUUCACUCAUGCUGAUGUCAAACCAGGAAUGGUAGUGAGAGCUAAGGUUGUUACCGUUGAGCCUUUUGGCGCAAUUGUGCAGUUUUCAAGUGGUGUGAAAGCACUUUGCCCACUUCCUCACAUGUCUGAGUUAGAUAAUAUUGUAAAGCCACCAAAGAAAUUUAAGGCUGGAGCUGAACUACUUUUUCGUGUCUUGGGUUGCAAAUCCAAGAGAAUAACAGUGACAUACAAGAAGUCUCUGGUCAAAUCAAAACUUGAAGUGUUGGCCUCGUAUGCUGAUGCCAAGAUUGGUCUAGUGACUCAUGGAUGGAUUACUAAAAUAGAAAAGCAUGGGUGCUUCGUGAGAUUUUACAAUGGAGUUCAGGGGUUUGUUAGCAGAUCUGAGCUUGGACUAGAGCCAGGUAUUGAAGCUGAAAGUGUUUAUCAUGUUGGACAAGUUGUCAAAUGUAGAAUUGUAAGCGUGGUCCCCACUUCAAGGAAACUAUAUGUUAGUUUUACAAUGUCUUCUAAUAGGGUCAUUCAGGCUGAUACUGCAAAGGUGGGUACUAUUGUCUCUGGUGUUGUGGAGCGACUUACUCCUGCAACUGUUGUGGUCAGUGUCAAUGGCUUCUCCAAGGGAUCUAUACUUAAUGAACAGUUGGCAGAUCAUCAUGGCCAAGCUGCUCAGUUGAAGAAUUUGUUGAAGCCUGGCCAUGAGUUCAACCAGCUUUUAGUUCUUGAUACUGAAGGCCAAAAUUUAGUUCUUUCCGCUAAGCACUCACUUAUCAACACCGCAAAUGACAUUCCAUCAGAGAUAUCACAGAUGCAAGGAGGAGCUGUAGUUCAUGGUUACAUUUGCAACAUCAUCGAAGCUGGUUGUUUUGUUCGCUUUCUUGGACAUCUAACUGGUUUCUCUCCCAAGGAUAAAGCGGUUGACAGGCCGAUAGAAAAGCUUUCUGAUGUGUUCUGUGUUGGCCAAUCAGUUCGUAGUCAUGUCCUCAAUGUGAAUGCAGAAUCUGCUCGAGUAAAGCUUUCACUCCAACAGUCCAUGUGCUCUUCACCUGAUUGUUCAUUUAUUCAAGGAUAUUUUCUUCUCGAUCAGAAGAUUGCGGCAUUGAAGUAUUCAGGUCCUAGUACUUCUCAUGAUUGGGUGAAAUAUUUUGGCAUUGGUAGCUUGGUUAAGGGUGAGGUGGGAGCAGUAGAAGAAUAUGGUGUUAUCCUUAACUUCAAAGACCAUCCGGAUGUUGUUGGUCUAAUUGAACAUCAUCAGCUUGGUGGCAGUACUGUAAAAGUGGGUUCUUCUGUGAAGGGUCUUGUUGUGGAUUUAUCUGAUGGAGUUGUAAAUUUAUCGCUUAAACCUGAACUAGUUGGCAGUGUCAGCAAGGAUGGGAAAAAGAAGAAACGUCACAGAGCCGCGGUUUUGGACUUGGAGCUUCGGGAGGAAGUCAAUGCAGUUGUGGAGAUAGUCAAAGACAGCUAUGUGGUUCUUUCUGUCCCUGAGUAUAAUCAUGCAAUAGGCUUUGCACCGUUGAUGGAUUACAACUCACAAUUGCUUCCUCAACAUCACUAUGAUAACGGGCAGUGCAUUACCGUUGUCGUUGGAAGUAUCCCAAGUUCUGACCCUUCUGGAAGACUUAUCCUUCUCCCGAAAGGAUCAGCCCAGGAUUCUAAUAUCUCUAGUUCUAAAAGGGCUAAGAAGAAAUCAGACUACAAAGUUGGGUCACUUGUUGAAGCAGAGAUUAUUGAUAUCAAGCCGCUUGAGGUUAUUUUGAAAUUUGGUGUCAAUCUUCAUGGAAGGAUUCAUAUUACUGAGGUCCUUGAAGAAGAUUGCAGCGAGCAUCCCUUUAGUAAACUCAAAAUCGGGCAAAAGGUCCAUGCAAGAAUUGUUGCACAAGCUGAACAUUCAGCAAAAACUGGCAGAAAUUUGAAAUGGGAACUAUCUAUUAAGCCAUCCUUGCUUAAAGCAGACUUGGAAGAAUCAACUACAUCUGAAGCUGAAUUGAAUCACUCAAUUAAUGACAUCAUACGUGCUUAUGUCGUCAAGGUGGAUACAGAGUGGGUCUGGUUAACUGUAUCCAGAAAGGUUAUGGCUCAUUUAUUUAUUCUCGAUAGUUCAGUUGAGCCGAGCGAAUUAAAAGAGUUCCAACAGCGUUAUAGUGUCGGUCAAGCAGUGAAAGGACGCAUUAUUGGGGUGAACAGAGAGAAAAGGUUGUUGAGGCUGAAAGCGUUUGAUAACCAAUGCAUGCUCGAGAAUAUAGAUGACACACAAAAAACAGUAUCUUCUAUUGCUGAACACACGAAGGAAGGAGAUAUCAUUGGUGGACGCAUCCAAAGGAUUCUACCUGGUGUUGGUGGGCUUGUCAUCCAGAUUGGACCUCAUCUUCAUGGAAGAGUUCAUUAUACUGAAAUUGUUGAUUCGUGGGUACCUGAACCCCUAUCUGGGAUCCAUGAAGGUCAAUUUGUAAAGUGCAAGGUCCUGGCUGUAAGCCGCCAAGCUGAAGGAUCUGUCCGGGUUGACCUAUCACUUCGUUCAAGAAAACUUGAUAAUUUGACAACUUGCGCUCCCCGGUUUGAGAAGAUCAACGAUCUGUGCCCCGGUACAGAGGUUAAGGGUUAUGUGAAGAAUGUGAAUCCCAAAGGGUGUUUCAUCAUGCUUUCUCGAAUGGUUGAGGCUAGGAUUAUUUUGUCAAAUCUGUCAGAUGAGUAUGUCGAAAAUCCCCAGAAGGAUUUCUCAGUUGGAAUGCUUGUACAGGGAAGGGUAUUGUCUGCGGAACCACUAUCAGGGAAAGUUGAGGUAUCACUUAGGAAGAGCACUGGUAGCAAAUCGCAGAAGUUGGAUGAUAUUAGCUACAGUGACCUGCAUGUUGGGGACAUCGUUGAUGGUCAAGUUAAACGGGUUGAAUCCUAUGGAUUAUUUGUGACAAUCAAGAGCAGUGAACUGGUGGGCUUGUGUCAUGUAUCAGAACUUUCUGAUGAACCAGUUCUUGAUAUCAACGCUUGCUACAAAGCUGGUGAUAUAGUUAAACCUAAAAUUUUGAAGAUUGACGAGGAUCGACACCGAGUAUCCCUUGGCCUUAAGGAAUCUUACUUUGACUCUGAUCUGACUGAUGAUGAAAAUGGCAACGAGAAUGAUGGUGGAAGGGUUCCCAUGGACAUCAGCCGUGCCCCUCAGAUGUCUGGAGGUUUUAACAGCACUUUAGUUCUUCCUGGGCGUGAACCCAGGGCUUCUGUUCCCCCACUUCAGGUCGCCUUGGACGAAUACGAAGUUUCUGACCAAGAGGGUGAUCAGAAAGCUCAUGAAAUUGCUAAUGGAAAUGAAUCAAAUGUAAAAAAGAGCGAUAGACGGUUAAAGGAGAAGGCGAGAAAACAAAGGGAAAUAGAAAUCAGUGCCUUGGAGGAAAGGGCUUUACAGAAAGAUAUACCACAGACUCCAGAUGAAUUCGAAAAGUUGGUGAGGAGCUCUCCAAAUAGUAGCUUCGUCUGGAUAAAGUAUAUGGCAUUUUUGUUAGACUUUGCGGAUGUCGAGAAAGCACGUUCAGUAGCUGAAAGGGCUUUGAGAACAAUAAACAUUAGAGAGGAGGAGGAGAAACUCAAUGUAUGGGUAGCAUACUUCAACCUUGAAAAUGAAUACGGGAGUCCACGGGAGGAUGCUGUCAAGAAGAUAUUCCAAAGAGCCUUGCAGUAUUGUGAUCCCAAAAAGGUGCACUUGGCUCUUCUUGGAAUGUACGAGAGGACUAAACAGAAUGAACUGGCAGAUGAACUUUUUGAUAGAAUGACCAAAAGAUUCAAAACUUCAUGCAAGAUCUGGUUGCGCCGCAUUCAGUUUUCUCUCACUCAAGGCAAGGAUGUUGAAUACAUCAAAUCUGUCGUAAACCGUGCGCUUCUUAGUCUACCACAAAGCAAGCGUAUAAAGUUUCUAACGCAGACUGCUAUCCUGGAGUUCAAGUGUGGGGUGGCUGAGGAAGGGAGAUCCAGAUUUGAGCUGAUCCUAAGGGAGUAUCCGAAAAGAACAGAUAUUUGGAGCGUUUACCUAGACCAGGAAAUUCGACUUGGUGACACCGAAAUAAUACGGGCAUUGUUUGAUAGGGUGACAUGCCUUAGUCUACCUCCAAAAAAGAUGAAGUUCUUGUUCAAGAAAUACCUGCGAUACGAGAAGGCUCAGGGCGAUGAAGAAAGAAUCGAGCAUGUGAAGCAGAAGGCAAUGGAGUACGUUGAGAUUUCUAGAGCCUGA